AUGCAAAUUUCUCUAAAACCCUUACCGGAAGAUGUCUCAUCAGACCAGCAGAAUUUACUCUUUGCAGGAAAAAAAUUAGAAGGCAACUUUGCUCUAUCGGACUAUAACAUUCAAAAAGAGUUCACACUUCAAUCGGUGAUUGAUAAUAUGAAAAUUUUCGUCAGAACACUCGCUGGUAAAGCCACCAUCCUUAAAGUCAGAUCAUUUGAUACCAUGGACGCUGUAAAACUAAAGAUUCAAGACAAGGAUGAUAAAUCUGAUUAUAAUACAAAAAGCACAAUUAGUAAUGAUAAUAGUAACAAAAAUGAUGACAAUAAUGAGAAAACCAAUUUUUCAUCAAAUAAUGAAUUAAAAAAUGAUGAGAAAAAAAAUAAUCUAACACAGUCAAAUGAAACUAUGGAAUGUAAUUAG